AUGUCGGUUAUAUUAGCAUCAGCAGGGUAUGACCACACGAUACGGUUUUGGGACGCUUUAACAGGAGUAUGUUCUAGGACAAUUCAGCACACAGAUUCACAGGUCAAUCGUCUUGAAAUCACUUCGGACAAACGAUACUUGGCAGCAGCAGGAAACUUGUAUGUUAGACUUUACGAUAUACGACAAACUGGAUCAACUGGGAAUACAACUAGUGGUGGUGGAACAUCGGGAACGGCCCCAGGAGGUGGUGGUGGAGGAGGAGGAGGAGGAGGACAUGGUGCCAAUGGUAGUAGUGGAAACAGUAACAACUCAAACAAUAACCCAGUAAUGACAUUUGAGGGACACACGACAAAUGUCACUUCUUUAGCAUUCCAAGCCGAAAACAAGUGGAUGGUCACCUCGAGCGAAGAUGGAACAGUAAAAGUGUGGGAUGUACGAGCGCCAUCGGUACAGCGAAAUUAUAAACACAAUUGUCCCGUAAACGAAGUGGUGAUACAUCCGAAUCAAGGAGAAUUAAUCAGCUGUGACCAAGAUGGGAAUAUAAGAGUUUGGGAUCUUGGCGAGAACCAAUGCACUCACCACUUGAUCCCCGAGGACGAUGUGCCUAUAAAUUCACUUAGUGUGGCGAGUGAUGGAUCAAUGCUAGUUGCUGGGAACAAUAAAGGAAAUUGCUAUGUUUGGAAGAUGCAAAAUCAAAGAGAUUUGACAUCAUUAACGCCAGUGACAAAGUUUCGUUCGCACUCGAAAUAUAUCACACGGGUGUUGCUAAGCACGGAUAUGAAGCAUUUGGCAACAUGUUCAGCAGACCACACAGCAAGGAUAUGGUCCACAGAGCAGAAUUUUGCAUUGGAAACCACAUUGCAAGGGCACCAGAGAUGGGUGUGGGAUUGUGCAUUUAGUGCUGAUAGUGCAUAUUUGGUCACGGCAUGCUCCGACCACUAUGUGAGGUUAUGGGACUUGUCAAAUAGUGAAACAGUAAGGCAAUACAAUGGACACCACAAAGGAGCUGUUUGCGUGGCUUUGAAUGAUGUAUAA